AUGGAUAGUUCAAGUGAAGACGAAUGUCAAGACGGUGGAAGUGAAGAUUGUAUAGAAUUACUCGAUGAAACGCGUGAAGAAAUACCUAAAUUUUCACUCACAAGUACGACGUAUACAUUCAAAAUAAAAGACGUUCCUCAUAAUCGCGGGCUUGUUGAGUUUAUUGAGAGUGCUUUUCGACAAGUAUAUGAACGUGUUAUGUCUUUGUCUAGCAAUAACACUGACCGAAUUAUUUUUAAUUUCCGAUCAGAAAAUAUGACUAGUGAUUCAUUUACAAAUUUGACACCAAUUAAUGAGUUUACUUUUGAUCGUUUAUGGACAAUAAUAAGUAGUAUAUGUCAAAGUGCUGGCGGUAUAGAUGCGACGGCUGCAUUUAAUAUAAAAGUUAUAAUUUUAAAACGAAUUUUUGGUGGAUGUGGAAUGCCUAAAAGUGAAAGAUCGAGACGUGGUACACUAAUAAUUAAUAAUAAAGAUAAUUUAUGUUUACCAAGAUCAAUCGUAGUAAAAUUAUCUGAAUUAGAGACAAAUAAACUUGACGUGGCUAGAUUAAAAGCAGUUCGUGACGCUCGAUAUGAAUUACAAAAAACAUUGACUCUUGAAUUUAUAAAUAAAUCUGGUGUUGUUAUUCCACCUGAGGGAUAUGUAAUUGUUUUACGUAUGGCAUGUUUAAAAUUUAUAAAUUUAACUUUAAAAAUUACUAAUGUUAAUCCAUUCCGUGAAGCUUUGACUUGUGCUUCAUUAUGUAUGCGUGUUUUUCAACGUAAUUAUCUUACUAAAGAAAAAAUCGGAAUCGUUCCCAGGUCUGGUUAUAGAUUAAGCGACAAUCAGUCAAAAGAAGCUCUUCAGUGGCUGGAAUGGUUAGCAUAUUCAACAGCAAGUAAUAUUCAACAUGCUGGUAACUCUCAUGAAGUCAAAAUAGGUCCAAAAAAAAUUAGAGUUGAUGGUAUAAAUGAAAGACGAAAAAACAUUUUUCAGUAUCAUGGUUGUUGGUGGCAUGGAUGUAUUGAGUGUUUUAUGUUUAAUCGUGAUCAUGUACAAAAAGAUGGUACAACUUUGAAUGAACGUUAUGAACGCACGCAAAAUAUUACAAAGUAUUUAGAAGAUCAAGGUUAUGAUGUUAUUGAAAAAUGGGGAUCAUUGAACCCACGUGAUGCUUAUUUUGGUGGUAGGACGGAGAAUUUCGUCGAGUCAUAUACAGUACAACCCGGGGAAACUAUACAGUAUGUAGAUUUCACAAGCCUGUAUCCGAGUGUCCUUAAGCAAUCUGCAUUUCCAUUAGCUCAUCCUAAAGUAUAUGCUGGUCGCGAUAUCGAGAAAAAAUUUCCAAAUAAUGAUAUAUCAAAAAUUGAUGGAUUAAUAAAAUGUCGUGUACUUGCACCGUCUGAUUUACACAUGCCUGUUUUGCCUGUACGUUCAAAAAAUAAAAAACUUUAUUUUCCACUCUGUCGUACAUGUGUUGAUACAAUGGAGCCAGGUUUUUGUAAUCAUAAUAAUGAUGAGAGAAGUUUAAUCGGUACUUGGGUGUCGUCAGAACUAAAACUUGCUUUAACAAAAGGAUAUGUCAUAGAAAAAAUAUAUGAAGUUUGGCAUUACGAUAGAAUGUCGAUGAAUAAUAAAGAAACUAAUGAAGUCGGUUUAUUUACAGGAUAUAUAAAUACUUUUCUUAAAAUAAAACAAGAAGCCAGUGGGUACCCAUCUUGGGUCAAAACUGAAUCUGAUAAAGAUCAAUAUAUCGAGGAAUAUUUUCAAGCUGAAAAUAUUAAACUUGAUAAAGAAAAAAUAGAUUUUAAUCCAGGUCUCCGUACAUUGAGUAAAAAUAUGCUCAAUUCGUUAUAUGGUAAAUUAGGACAAAGAAGUUCUUUAUGGCGUAAAACAAUUUGCAGUGAUUUACAAGAAUUUUAUGAGAUAGUAGAUAACGAAAAAAAUUUAAUUCAAUUUAUCGAACCAAUAAAUCAAGAAACUGUCUUAAUUUCGUGGAAAUUAAUUAAUGAAGAAGAACCUUUAACAAAAACAACUAACGUUGUAUUGGCGGCUUUUACGACAGCGUAUGCUCGGGAAAAAUUAUAUUCUUGGAGUAAAUUGGGAGAUUUAACUGAUGAGCUAGAAGAGUAUGGAGAAGGUUCAUAUAUAAAAUCUUUUAUAUCGGGUGGGCCAAAAUUUUAUUCUUUUAUUGUACAAAAACCUGAUGGUGGUCAAGUAGAAGUCUGUAAAUUGAAAGGUGUGCGGCUUGACUUGGAAGCACAAAAAUUUAUAAAUUUUAAUACUGUUAAAUCAUUAAUUAAGCGUGAAAUAGAUCCUUUUAAAAUUGAAUAUAAUUCUAUCCGUAGAACAAGAGAUCUACAAGUGUACUCUACUAUUGAUAAAAAAAUGAUUUCUGUUACAGGACCUAAGCGUAAUCACUACGAGAAUAUUACAUAUCCUCUGGGGUAUAAAAGACAACGUGUGUAA